AUGCGCUCCAAUACCAAACUCAUCCUCAGCUUAAUCAAUCGUGUCGCUGUGCGACUACCGAUCAACAGUGGAAGGAAGAUAGAAAGCUUGGAACAUAAUCCUAUUGUUCAGCAAACAGUCGCUGCUAUCAUUGAACUCUCUCAAUAUAAGCUUUCCACGAUUGCCAAUGCUCUUGCUACUGUGCUUGAAAACGUAUCCAAGAACUAUCAAUCACCCUCGCCGACGUUUGAACAACACGUUCCUCUUGAUGUACUACAAUCGCAAUUGUUUGUCCUUCGAUUAUUAUCAGCUUGCAUGCAACAUCAUUGGAAAACACAUCGAUUCGCGUCCAAACGAAAAAUGAUGGCUGCAACACAAUCAAUUGAGGCACUGGUUGCGGCGAAUGCUACGGGAGCCGUGGAUUCUACUGAAACAGAGUUUUUACAAGCACCUGUGACACCAAGUUAUACACGACCCAAUCAUUCAUCAGGCAAUGUAGCAGCAGCAUCACGUAUCGAGGAGAGCAGCGAGGAUGAUAAUGAAGAAGAUGAUGAAGAUGGAGAACAAGCGAAAGAGGGUCAAGAUGAUACGGCAACAACAAAAUCAGGUGAAUUGAUGGAUCCACCUCCAUUGGAUGAAGCUUUGGUCACCUUUCUUUUGGCGCUCGUGGGACGUUUUCUGAAUCAAGCACAUUUGGUGGAAGAGCAUAUAGAUCAGCAAACUUCAACACCUUCCGAUUACCCUCUCGAUAUCCUUAUCAGCACAUUCAAUGUCGAUCCCAAGGUGCUAUCGCUGACGAUGGACAUUUACAAAACGGCUGGCCGCGUCCUCUAUUAUGUCAGUGCUAGCAAUUGGUCUAUUUAUUACGCCAAAAUUAAGAAUGCCGUGCACAUCUUGGGUGCCAUGGGCGAAGGCUCCGAGAUUAAUCCUCCAGAGAUCCGUUUACUCGAAUGCAGUUGCCUAACAAGACAACGUGUGCAUACCGUACUGUCAGAAUUGAGCCCCUACUUUUUGCACAUGAAACGACAAGGCAAAUUGCUGUUUGCAAAGAUGAUGCGACGAGCUAUUUGGAGAUGGAUCGAGACAUACCCUAAUCAGUUUGCAGAAGUGUGCACCAGCGACAAUCGUUUAUUGAGCGGAUCCGAGAAUCUAUUUGACAUGUGCAGCUCCAAUGCCAACAACCCAAGAGAGAAAGCUAUCCUAUGGCCUUUGCAAACAAUCCUUUUGGUGCUCUCCCAGGAUCUCUUAUUACAAGCCUACCUUGAUAAUUCAUCAUCACAAAAUCGAAGAACGACCUUUUUGGGCACGCUUCGCAAAUCAUUACGCACGUCAAAGACAGCGGACAUUGCAGCCAUGUGCUACGUGGAUUUAUGCAAGGCAGCAACCUAUGUUCCACCAACGGAUGACAGCGUGUUACGCCAUAUCGCUGCUGAUAUUGAGGAUGAUUUGCAAGAAAAAGUAUGGGAUAUUACCCGUAGCAGCACCAUGGCUACCGACGCUUCGGCAUCCACAGCAAGCCAUGGUUACGUGAUCAACCGCUUGGUCUUGGUUACCGAUUACCUCUUGGCACGUUUAAGAUUGGAUCCUGAUAACACGCUGCAGCAGCUGGUCCCUCAGUGUCUCGAUGACAAUUCCCCACUUGAUUAUAAGCUUGCUCUUGUCAAAGCAUGUCUUGAUAUCGCUCGUGAAGAGAAUCGACUCCCUUGGAAUCCAUCACUACCAUCCAUGUACAAGUCGAUUUGUUCAUACUUGAGGAAGCUGUCCUUGCAAACAAUGACAUCGGAAUUUGUGGAAGAUGUUGGCAGCGCAUCACCAUGGCUGACACCUUCUAUGGGAUCAAGAAAGAUUGGGAUGGAUAAGCGUAAGAAUAUCACAACGCAAGGUCGAUUGGAAUUACUGGAAGAUUUGCUUCGCUUAUUCCGUGCGGAUCCACUUUUGGCAUUGUUGGGUAACGACACUGAUCCAGCUGAGGAUAAUGGUGCUAUCAUGACAAGUAUGGCAAACUUGUUUCAACAUUCCGAUCAAGGCAUUCGACAAUUGGCGGGAGAAUGCUUAGCAAAGCUACAUCUGGCAGAGAAUAUCAUUCAUUGGGGAUCCGAGCAACGCAUCAUGAUCAAUUUUUGGCGUAUCUCAUCCAAAGUGGUGUUUAUUUUGGCCAAGCAGAUAUUGGAUAUCAAGAAUGAUGAGGAUGGAUUACACUCGAUACUUGAUUUGUUGAUGAGAUUGUUCUUAACAAGGAACGACUUUUUACGUGAAAAUCAGGAGCGUGCUUCGGAAGGCUCGGAUGCGCGUGAACGAUUACAAGCUUCGGUGGCAUUGGAGAUCGCAUUGCUGGUGUCUCUAUGUUGGGCCAAGCCUGACAUAUGCUCCGAUUCUAUCAAGACGCUUGGAUACCUUUGCGAUGAAGCACGGCUUGUGGAUGAUGAGGAGGAACCACAACAAAAUCACAUUACGCUUAUAUCAAACCUGCCAGUGUAUACCGAUUUGGCAUUGGAGGAUUCCGUAUUCCUUGGACGUAAAGUGCAGCAAAAACGUAUCAGAAAAUACAUGCGUUUAAUCACCCAUCAUACACCUGGAAACCUGGCAGCAUGGGAAGAAGUUUGGAAACGAUGGAAGGUCUUGACCCAAUUGAUGAAUCGAUUGAGCGAUGAAACAGCGAGCGAGGACACGAGCGUUGAUCUUGUAUCACCCGUUAGCAAAAAGGCCGGCAAAAGUAAGCUCUCAGCACCGACAACAGCAAGUACAUCUUCCGCAUCAAUGAAACCUAUCACUCCUACUGUCAAUCGCAUUGAAUUCGAUGAUGAAAAGCAGACCUUGUGGCAAAACUAUACGGGAUUCUUGGCUGCGUUGGGUGGUUGCUGCUUGACAUCAGAUAUACCCGAAAACAAAGGUGAUCCACGACGCGUAUCUGCACCUAGUGAGCCAGCUGCUUUAGUUGAAGCCUUUAUUGCUGAAAUGGUCAGCCUUGUGAUAUCCGACAAUGUAUUCAUACGAGAAGGUGUCAAGGAGAUUCUCGGCGCCGACCUAUCACCUACACUUUAUGCUAUUCUCUUUCAAUACCUCGAGCAACAAAUGAUCCGAUGUUUUGAUUCCAAUGGUGAAGCUUUAUGCAAUCCACGCAGCACGCUCUUUGUGGAACAAACGGUGUUGAUUCUCAAGCUUAUUUUGGAUCGACUCGUUGACCCUGGAGAUUGUUUACUCAACAUCGAUUUCAGCACGCUUAUCGAUCAAUUUGCACGCUACAUCAACAAGUUACCGAGCAAUUACAGUACCUUGCGGAUAAAGAUUAAGAUGUGCCAUCUUGUGGAAGCAUUGAUGCAAAAGAAGGAGCAGAUUGUUAUACGAGAUGAGAUGCGAUUAAGGAACAAGCUCUUGGAGCAAAUAGUCGAAUGGACGAGUGAUUUUUCAUUGAAGACGAAUGCCAAGGCAGGCUAUUAUGGAUUAUCCGAUAUCGGUCAAAGCGAUAAGGCACACAAGGAUUUGGACCAAGCAUGCAUGAAAGCAAUCGUGGCAAUAUUGCAUCAGCUUCCCCUACAGAGUACACAGCCUGUGCGUGAUGCAGAUAGCAAUCAAAACAAGAGCCGGCUCUUUUACAAGUACUUCACCUUCUUUUUGAAACUACUGAAUCGGUGUCGUAUGAGCGAGAUGGAAUUGACGAGUGCCGCAGUGGUGAAGAAUAACAAGGAGGUCUUGACGCCUGCCAAAGUGACCGAGAGCUAUCAAGAUUGGGCACCAUUGAAAGAUCUUACCAUUUUGGCCAUGUCCAAUCUUCUCAGUGCAAAUGUUGAUGCUGGCUUGAAGUACUCGCUUGCUAUGGGAUACCAUGAAGAUUCGCGCACCCGUACAGCAUUCAUGCAAGUGCUUACCAAUAUCCUGAACCAAGGCACAGAGUUUGAGACAUUAGCAGAGAAUGUGAUGACCGAUCGCUAUGAGAAGCUGGUGGAUGUGCUUGUUGAUGCGGAUAUUGAUGUGGUGAUGGUUUUAUGCGAUGUGUGCCCAUCUACGGAUUCUGCAAGCGUGGCAGAGACGUUGCUUACUGCUUUUGAGUCUCGUAACAAGGUGACACCUCUUCUCAAGGCUGCCAUUGAUAAAGAGAUAAUGUCGACUGAGCAAGAAGCCACUCUCUUCCGAAGCACGACCAUGGCAACAAGAUUGUUGUCAGCAUUUGCCAAAUCUGUUUGUGUCGAUUACGUGCGUCUCACGUUGCAACCAGCCAUGGAAGCGAUCAACGCAUUACCUGACGACCAGAUUACUUGGGAGCUUGAUCCUCAAAAGAUGGGACCUGAUGAAAGCUUAUCAAAGAACAAGCAAAAUGUUAUCCGUGCGACUGAGAUUUUACUCAAUGCCAUUUGUUCCUCGGCUGAUAAUGCACCUCCAGCAUUCCGGGAAGAACUUGCCAUGAUUGGUGAUGCCGUUUUCAAGCGCUAUGCUGAGUCAAAGAAUACGGCUGUUGGUGGAUUUGUUUUCUUGCGUCUUUUUGGACCUGCCGUUGUCACGCCUGAAAAUUCGGGAUUCUCAAAGCAGGCUACGCCACGUAACAAGAACGUACGAAAGCUACAGCUACAAGCAACACGUGUCAUGCAAAACCUCGCCAACAAUGUUUUAUUUGGUGCCAAGGAGACGCAUAUGAUUGUGCUGAAUGACUUUUUGACCGACAACAUUUACAAGGUGACCAACUUUUUGCGUGAGAUUUCGACCGUCGCACGUGAAGCGGAUCAAAAGAUCACUGGUGCUGUUCGCAUGGAUCAAAAAGGAUACAUGAAGUUGCAUCGCUAUCUUUACGAGAAUAUGGAGCGUAUGAGCAGAGAGUUGGCAGCACGAAAGUCCAAGGGUGGUUCCAAUGAUACCCAAUCCUUAUUGGAGUGGAAAAAGACUAUUGAUCGACUAUCGACAAUCAUUGCACAACUUGGUCGACCCAAUGACUUGAAUGAGACUGAUUUGACAUUAUCACGCAACUAUGCUAUCGGCAAAAGCAAUCAUCAUUACAACGAGUUCAUUCGACGUAAUAGCCACCGAGACGUAUCAUCCAUCAGCUCGAGGAAUAUCUUUUACCAGGCUGGAACAUCACGUGGCGGACGGCCUGUGUUUUAUUACAUCACUCGCAAUAUCGACAGUGAGAAAACGGAUUCCGAGCUUCUCGUCUACUACAUGCUCAGAGUGAUGGAGCCUUACCUAAACCGCCCAUUCGAAUUUGUGUUUGAUUGCACGCGCUUCAGCCCUACAUGUGAACUCCAACCACACUGGCUCACGCAGUUCUUUCAGCUCAUAUUCAGCGAGAUGAAUGAUUAUCUGGUUGCCCUUCACUUUUACAAUCCAAAUACGUUCCUGCAACGCCACGUUUCCAAAUUUCCACGACAGCUGAUCAACAAACUCAUCAAGAGAGCACAAUUUUAUGUUACGUUGUCAGAGCUCUAUGAGAAUAUUGCUCCAUCGGAGGUCCACUUGCCAAAAGAGACCAUUGAUCUUGAAAAGGCACCAAGCACGACUUUCUUUCCAGUGACACGCUUGAGCCUGAAAGCAUCAUCGAUACCCGUGACACUCAAGAUUGGACAAGAGCAUAUACAAAUCAUCACUGUUCGCAAGCAAGAGCUGUACAACAACUUUCACACGAUUUACAAUGACGUAUAUCAUGUCUCUGAAAUUGAUGAUAUGAUGACCCUUGCCAACUCUAAACAAGACCAUGGUGGUGAACUCGUCAUUAAAUACGAUCGUGGAAAAUCCACAAUGGUGCUAUCAGCUUCCAAACGCGAUGCUAUCCUUGCUCUCUUGAGAUACAACAAGAAUCGAUAUGAAGCAUCAAAACCAGGAGGUUUGAAUGAGCGCGCACUACGUCCCAAUGAUGUCCCUGGUCGUCUUCUCAACAUGUCGUUACUCAACAUUGGAAGCGAGGAUCCAAGCUUGCGCUUAGCAGCUUACAAUUUAUUGUAUGCACUAAGCUUGACAUUUCGAUUUGAUAUUGGGAACCAGCUUUUGAAUGCAAAAGAUUUGUGUAUUCCUGCAAACAGCACCGAUUUUAUUGUCAACAUUAGCGAAAGCCUAUCAACGACCGAGCAACACCUCACACUCGAGUUUUUGAACGAAUGCCUUGUUGGUUUCAGCAAGUCCAAUGAACUGAUGCGUCACUUGUGUUUGGAUUACAUGGCACCUUGGCUACGCAACUUGGCACUGUAUACCCGAAGCACUCCCGAUGACAACAACAAGCAGCUUUCAAAGACCAAGGACGUUCUUCGACUGCUAAUUGAGCUCACAACUUCAAGAGCAGAUAUAUACAAGCACGUACAAGCCAAGAUUUGGAAAACGCUUGGUGAAGUGGACGAGAUGGUCAACCCUAUUAUCGAUGCGUUUAUUCAGUACUCCGUUGAGCAUGGCAUUGGCUCUCCUCAAGCUGAAGUGAUGGCAGAUACGAUUGUGACAAUGUCAAGCAUUUCUGUAAGAGGCAAAGUGAUCAGUCGAUUACGGCGAGUGAUACAACAUACUUCUUUACGUCCAUGCCGCAGCUUGACAGAACAUCCAUCAUGGACCGAUAUUGCUGUUAUUCUUCGUUUUGUGCUGAUGCUCUCAUUCAACAACAUUGGUCCAGGGAAGCCAUAUUUACCAGAGAUCUUCCAUGUUGUUUCUCUUUUGGUUGGCACUGGUCCUACGCUUGUACGCGCUUCAGUCCAUGAGCUCGUUGUGAACAUGAUCCAUACCUUAUGCACUAGCAUGCCACAAUCGGAUGACAACAUCAAAAAGCUUCAUUUUGUCUUGAAUGACGUGUGCGACAGCAAGAAUAGGGUGUAUUUCGGUCUUACCAAGCCGCAUGCUAAUGCAUUCACUAUCACUCAAGAGACCAUGACCGAUGUUGCAGAUACUGUCAACCUAUCAUCACUUGAAAGCAUUGUUCGACUCUUAUUGGAUGCUCUUAGCAUUGGAGCCCCUUCAAUAGAUGUUGCCAACAUGUGGCGAGCUCGAUGGAUGGGGUUAGUUGCAAGCACGGCUUUCCAAUUCAAUCCCGCAAUACAACCUCGAUCGUUUGUUGUACUUGGAUGCCUCGCACAAGAUGAAGUGGAUGAUGACCUUAUAUACCAAAUCCUCGUAGCCUUACGUGGUGCAUUAGCCAUCUUCAACGAGAGCGACUCGAAUUUGAUUGUGAGCAUCAUGAUGUGUCUCAGCAAUGUGAUUGACAACCUGCCUGCGGAUUCUCGAUAUCUACGAUCUCUCUUUUGGCUCGCCAUUGCAUUGGUGCAUAUGCGGCAUCCAGCUAUAUUUUCUCCAGCUGUCGAAUUUUUACAAUCCGUACUACGUGCACUGGAUGCACACAAGCUAUUCGCAAAGAGAGCCUUGGUGGAUGUAUUGAUGGAUGCUCGACACCCACUUGGAGAUGUUGCCAAAGAGCUCGAUAAUGCAUGUGGCGUCAGCUUUGACACUCAUUUCUCGUUUGCCGUGGCAGGUGUAUUAUUGAAGGGUAUUCAACAUAGCAACUCCAAGGAUGUGGUAUUCCAAUGUUUGACAGCCUUUUUGGAAAUUGAUUGCAAGCGAUCGGUGGAACAAAAUGUGGUCGAGGCACGCACGCUUGGUUACUUGGCAGGCUUAUUACCACUAGCAGCAAAGAACAACGCUCUACGUGAAUUACUACGUCUUGCAGGCAUCAAUGAUAUCGAUUUGGACACGAUUGAAUUUGGCUCUACCUAUGUGCGUAUCUUUGAUACACUCGAGAUCCCCGAUAAUACGACCGCUCUGCUAUUGGUAUCGUUACUCGUCACAUUGCUCAACUCGGCAGAAAACGAAUCCGAACGUUUAUUCUUAUACAGCUUUUUGGCUGAAGCUGCUGUCUCCAUUCCCGAAGUCUUUGCUCUUGUCUAUGAGUCCCUCUUACCAAAGAUGAACCAAAUUGUUGUCAGCGGCCAAAAUUAUGCUGUGAUCGAUGCAGUCAAGAAUAUCCUUGUAACGGCGUGUUCAGAGCCUGCCUUCACCUAUUCGUCCAAUCGAAGAACUCAAAAAGCAUACCUAGAGGAGCUAGGUUUUCCAGCACUAGCAGAUCCCACUUUUGGUGCAGCCAGGGGUAACACUGUUGUCAGCGCCCAAUUAGCUAGUAGAUUGCUCGAGAAAAUUACAGAGUAG